AUGGAUGAAUCAGUAAAUGAAACGAUGCAAAACCAGAUGUUUACCAUGGAACAAAUGGAACAAAUAUUUCAAAAGUUCCAGAAACUCAAUAAACCAAAUCCCACAGAAAACGUAUCCACAAUUCAACUCUCUGAAAAAUUGAAUUACAACAAUUACACAAAAUGGAGCAGAUUAAUGCACAUUGCUAUUAACAGUCGUGGCAAAUUGAACCAUAUAACCAAUGAAUCCCUAAAAAUCACCGACCCAAAUUACCCACAAUGGGCCCGACAUGAUUCUAUAGUCACGUCCUGGAUCAUUGAAAACAUUGAUGCAAAAAUUGUCAAUCAAUUCAUCGAUUAUAAUACUGCUCGAGAUUUAUGGCAAGGGAUUGAAAAUCUCUUAAAUAGUGGACGUGAUGAACUUCAAAUCUAUGCUUUGAGUUCAACGGCUGCCACCUUGAGACAAGGAAACAAUACAAUUGAAGCAUACUACGGAAAAAUCAGUAUGUUAUGGAAGGAGAUUGAUAGGCGUACGCCCAACCCCAUGACUUGUCCUCAAGAUAUCACAGCAUUUAAUAACUUUAUACAGAGACAAAGAUUGUACCAGUUUCUUACCGGAUUAAAUGAGGACCGUGAUAAAGAAAGAAGAGACUUACUCCACAUGGACCCUCUCCCAACAGUUGAUGUAGCCUAUGCCACCAUUCGACGGGAAAUCUCACGUCGGAAAAUUAUGACCGGCGUCUCAUCACCGGGAGUAGAUCCCUCAGAGAUCGGUUCAGGUCUAGUAACAAGAAACAAAGGCUUCCCUCGAAAUUGUGAAAGCGACGACCGGCAAAAACUCCGAUGUAGUCACUGUGGAGGGUCACGACAUACUAAUGAAGGAUGUUUCAAACUAGUGGGAUACCCUGACUGGUGGUAUGACCUACAAAAGAGAAAGGCCACCACCAAGGUACCGGCACACCGGACCGGCGGCAAGGCCAACCUUGCAUCUGGAGAUCAUCCUGGUGCGAUCACAUCAUCAUAUUCAGGUAUGGAUUUAAACAAAAGAGAAGCAGCCAUUGUUGAACAGGGAACAAGCAAAAAAAAAGAGGAAGGAGAUGAGACCGAGAAUCACACAGAAAGGGAAAGAAGGGAAAGGGUUACUCAAAACCCUACUCAAACUCCUUUAUAUACCAAGAACCCCCCCAACCUUAUCCAAAAUUCCGGCCCAACUCUUACCCAAAUCUCAACCGGCCCAAAUCAUAACCCAACCCCUAAAUUCAGCCUCAUAAGCCACAAAUACUCUAAGUGGAUCUUUGAUUGUGGUGCUACGGACACUAUGACCUAUGACCCACAUGAUUUAUCCUCCGUUCACCCUACCACUCGUACCCAUGUUCAAACUGCAAAUGGUGCAACUAUCCCGGUUCAUCAAGCUGGGUCGGAUGAUAUUUCCUCAUCCCUUAAUGUUAAAAAUUGUUUGUUAAUUCCUAGUCUCUCUCAUAAAUUAUUAUCUGUCAGUCAGCUAACUAAAGAGCUUCAUUGUACCAUAUUAUUUACUUCUGAUGGUUGUCUUGUGCAGGAUACUCGGACGGGGACGAUCCUUGGGCGUGGUACUGAGCAAGGCGGAUUGUACUAUGUGGACGAGACGGUCAGAAAGGGUCACUCACUACUUGUUCACGGGACUCCCAUACAACAACUAUGGACAUGGCAUCGACGUUUAGGUCACCCUUCACUAGGUUAUUUAAAACGUCUUUUUCCGUCUUUUCUUAGUUGUACAUUGUCUUUGGAUUGUGAAACUUGUGUUCUAGCUAAGAGUCAUAAACAUUCGUACUCUCCUAGUUUUACUAAAACUGCUAGACCUUUUGAUUUAAUUCAUUCUGAUGUAUGGGGACCUGCUCCUAAAAGUAAUUCUCAAGGACAUUCAUAUUUUGUUUUGUUUCUGGAUAACUGUACUCGUGUGAGCUGGAUUUAUUUUCUUAAACACAAAUCUGAAGUCUUUGAUGUUUUCGUUAACUUUUACAAUAUGAUUCUUACUCAAUUUCAUACUCGCCUAAAAAUUCUUCGCUCGGAUAAUGGUGGGGAAUUUGUCUCCUUUAAAAUGAAAGACUUUAUUCUUGAACAUAGUAUGAUUCACCAAACCACUUGCCCACACACCCCACAGCAAAACGGUGUUGCUGAAAGAAAAAACUGA